UCUUUAUGAUUCAUGUAUACAUUGUGUCUUCUCCAUUUUUCAUUAUCACCAAUGGAGGAAGCCAUAGUUAUUUACCCAGCACCUAUGCUUACUCACCUGGCACCCUUGGUAGAGUUCGCCAAGCUCCUCAUCGCCACCCUUCCUUCACAACCUUCCUCCACCGUCCCCUCCCCCGUUCCUCCUUCCAUCAUCUUCCACUACCUCCCCACCGUCGACCUCCUUCCAACCUCAACCGACUUAGAUCCGCUUUUCUUCGACGUCAUCCGCCUCAGAAACCCCGAUGUCCGUCGCACCCUUCUCACCAUCUCCAAUAACUACACACUCAACGCCAUUAUCGUCGACUUCUUCUGCACCAGCGCAGCAUUCGAAGUGGCCUCCGAUCUCAACCUUCCAGCUUACUCUUUCCUCCCUACCGCCCUCGGUGCUGCUGCUUGCUUACUUUAUUUGCCCACCCUCUGUAACAAAUUCACUCAAAGCUUCCAACAUCUCAACGUUCUCCUUGAUAUCCCUGGUGCUCCACCGAUUCCAUCUGCAGAUAUGCCGCCGACAACGUUCAAAGGCAACAAGCUGUAUGACGUUUUCUUAGACAUCGCCACCAACUUGCCCCGUUCAACUGGGAUUAUUGUGGACACUUUUGAAUAUCUCGAGCCAAAGAGCUUCAAAGAGAUUAAUGAUGGACUCUGCUUGCCGGACUACCCCACGCCUCCCCUUUACUGCAUCGGACCUCUCAUUGUUAACACCACCGUGGACGGUGAUGGUGUUCCUCAGUGCAUAAAAUGGUUAGACUCUCAACCUAGUAAAAGCGUAGUGUUUCUUUGUUUUGGUAGCUUGGGAUCGUUUUCAGUGCAACAAUUAAAGGACAUAGCUGUUGGAUUAGAGAGGAGUGGGGAGAGAUUUUUAUGGAUUGUGAGGAACCCACCAUUAGAGAACCAAAGCUUGAACAUUGACACAAAAAUCGACCCGGAUUUGAAAUCAUUGCUUCCUCCAGGGUUCUUGGAGAGGACCAAAGAGAAGGGACUGGUAGUCAAAUCAUGGGCACCCCAAUUAGCCGUGUUGAAUCACGACUCGGUUGGUGGGUUCGUGACUCACUGCGGCUGGAACUCAGUGCUAGAAUCGGUGUGUGCAGGGGUUCCAAUGUUAGCGUGGCCGCUUUAUGCUGAACAAAGGUUCAACAGGGUGUUGAUGGUAGAAGAAAUGAAGAUUGCGUUGCCGAUGGUGGAGUCGGAAACCGGGUUCGUGAGUUCAACUGAGGUGGAGAAACGAGUCAAAGAAUUAAUGGGGUCGAAAGAAGGUGACUCAGUUAGGGAGCGAGCCUUAGCCAUGAAACAUGCAGCGAAGGUGGCGACGAGUGAGGGAGGUUCCACUCGCAUUGCGCUGGCCAAACUUGUCGAGUCAUGGAAGCAAAAAUGACUCGGACUGAAUCGCCAAACCACCACGUAGGUUGUGAGGUAAAACCCAUGGUCAAUAAGUGAAACACGAGCGUUCGACUCGGUCGUUAUAAUCCCUAUUGUGCUGAUUCGACAAACUGAAAACGUUGUUCGAAUUAUUAUUUUUAUUAUCUUUGUUGUUGUGGUAUUGAUUAUAUUAUGCUUGUAUUUUUAAUUAAUUAAUUAAUUAAUAUCCUUAGUUCAAAUA